CUCGUAAUUCACGGACUUUCCACAAUCGAAAAAUCUCGCACGAUAAUUUUCAUACGCGCGCAAGAUAAAAUGGCGUCAACGAGCAAGUAACAAAACCAAACAUCAAAAGAAUAUGACGACCUGUACCCUGAUGUAGAUAAUGGCCAGUCUAACCAUGUCUAACCCGGGAGCAUCAGAUGGGGACAAUAGCCCUGCUGGACUACUCCUCAGAUUAGUGCAUACUCUGCUCAACAAGAAAGAAGGUGAAGAUGUAUCUGCUCAAUUUCAGUAUGUUGUCAGAGUCAUAAGCAGCAACCUUACACCAACCAUUGAAAAUGAUGAGUUCCUAGUUGCAGAAAGAAUCAAACGUAAACUGGCAAAAGAGAAGCGAGAGGCUGAUGCUGCAUAUUUCUCUGAACUACACAGGAAACUCCAGUCGCAGGGUGUAUUGAAGAACAGAUGGGCAAUACUCUAUCUUCUUCUGACUCUGAGCGAAGAGAAAAAAGGCAAUAAACAGCUGGGUUCUAAAACAGCAGCCGCUAUAUUUGGCAGAGGCUUGCCCAAGCUUGCUACAUCCACCCCCUAUGUAACCCGUGAUGACCCCCAUGGGAGGGGGCAUGGGUCAUCCAUGCUCCCUUCUCAGACCCCUCUCCCGAGGGAUAUAAGUACUAGUACCCUCUCUUCCAAGUCUUCCCAUCUCAGCAGUGGCAUUGGUAGUGGAAUCAGCAGUAUAAGUGGACCAAGUCCGACACCACAUUCAUAUGCGCCAGGGUAUCUGACCACCCCUGGUAUGACCCCCGGUGUACCCCACGGCAUUACCCCAGGGACACAGUCUGUCGGAGGAAGGCUUGCUCGCAUGCUCAUAGGGGACAGCACAACACAGACAGAUGGUGGUGUCUCGAAAAGAGCCCCCUCAGGUGCUAGGUCAGGCAUGGUAGAAGGGGAUCGGACCAACCAGAACCAGGAUGAAAAUACUUCCUUUGAAGUAGCGGAGAAGACGCUGGUUCAUGAUCUGAUCUAUGUCUUCCAAGGUAUCGAUGGCAAGAUGGUCAAGUACGACGCAACGGAUGAUGCCUUCAGAAUAUCCUCAGAGCUUGGAGUUCCUAGACCUUGUAGAGACCUGGUACACAAGCUCUCAGAGUUGGGAUGGCUGUACCUCAAGGUUCGGAGGUACAUUGAUGCAAGGAACCUGGACAAAGCCUUCGGAUUGGUUGGUCAGAGCUUUUGUGCAGCAUUACAGCAGGAACUAACAGAGUAUUACAGACUGCUGGCAGUACUUGAAGCACAGCAACUUCAAGAGCAAGACAUGGGUCUCGAGGAUGGGUCGCCUAGCAACCUCUCCUUGUUCCGUCUCAAUGUUUGGACCUUUGACCCUAUCCAUAGGAUGAAACAGCUGGCCAUCCUGGUGGAUGGUUGUGCAGAUAAGAAGGGAGGAGCGUUGGCAUCUGCUAUCCAUUCCUACACGUUACACGGUGACCCUGCGACCAGGCUACUGGUCAAGCACAUCCUGCGGUUGGUGGCCUUCCCUAUCAGGACCAUGCUGGAUGGAUGGAUCUUUGAUGGGCAGCUCGAGGACAAGUACCAUGAGUUUUUUGUAGCAGCCGACCCGACAGUGAAGGAGGAGAAGCUGUGGCAUGACAAGUAUUCCCUGCGCAAGUCCAUGAUACCAUCCUUCAUCAGUAUGGAACAGGCCAGGAAGAUUCUGUCGAUCGGGAAAGCCAUCAACUUCUUGAGGCAGGUCUGUAAGGACCACACCCUAAUCAAGGGGAAGUCCCUGAUGACAUCAACAUCGAAUACCAACAGCUAUCAGAACACCGAGAUGCUACUACAGCAAGACAUGGAUGGCUCAUUCCAGCAAGUGAUUGACAUUGAAUACAGAGACACAAGCAAGAGACUUCUACACAUCCUACAGACAGAGUUCAAGUUUCAAGAUCACCUAAAGGCAAUGAGGAGGUAUCUUCUACUUGGACAGGGUGACUUCAUCAAGCACUUGAUGGACCUUCUAGAAGCGGAUCUUGCCAAGCCAGCCAACAUGCUGUACCUUCACAACCUGAACGGAGUCCUAGAGACUGCAGUCAGAGCAACCAACGCUCAGUUCGAUGAUUCUGAUAUACUCAAUCGUCUCGAUGUCAGGCUCCUGGAGAUCUCUCCAGGAGACACAGGCUGGGACGUCUUCAGUCUGGACUACCAUCUCCACGGUCCUAUCAGCACUGUCUUCACCGAUAGCUGCAAGAUCCUGUACCUGCGAGUCUUCAACUUCCUCUGGAGGGCCAAGCGGAUGGAGUACGUCUUGGCCCAGGUGUGGAAGGGACAGAUGACCAACGCCAAGGCCUUGAGAGCUGUCCCAGAACUAUCACCUCUCCUCCAUCUAUGUCACGUGAUCGCUGCUGAGAUGAUACACUUUGUCAACCAGAUGCAGUACUACAUUAACUUUGAGGUGAUGGCAUGUUCCUGGGAUGAGAUGUGGAAGGACGUGACAGAGGCAGCAGACCUUGAUAAGAUCAUCGCUGCUCAUGAGGUCUUCCUGGAUACAAUCCUGAGGAGAGCGUUGCUCGAUGAAGAGUCAAGGCCGUUAUUGACCCAGCUGCGGGCAAUCUUUGAUCUCAUCAUCAAGUUCCAAAAUACCCAGGAAGCUAUGUACACAAAUGCCUUGGAGGAGCUGAAUAGGAGACUAGCCAUUACAAAGGCCAUCAAAGCUAGGACAGGACAGGGAGAAUGGGGAAUGACAGCGCUGGAGGAAGGUGAGCACGCGAAGAAGAAAGUAGAUUUCCUCAGGACCUUUCUCCCGUCCUCCAAGGCCCAGCUUAAAGUGCUAUCUCAAUCAUACCAGGACAUGGUGCAGAAAUUCCUCGUCAUGUUGACGAAUCACCCCGACGACAGUCUCCGCCUCCUUGCGGUCAGGUUAGACUUCAACGAGGUGUACCGUGCGAAAGAACCAAAGCUACGCAGCCCUAUGACAGCCAACAAGAAGAAAAGAGUGUUUUAAACACCUGGUUUGAAAGCCUAGAUAGAGGGCAUACAUUUCCAUUGAAUAGACUUUUAUACGCUAUGUACAUGCAGAUUUUGUUUUGACGGAGUCACUUAUGCCGGUAUAUUGCUUAAAUUUUGAUAGGUUUGUCAGCUGAGAAACCAAGGCAGUUGCUAAAAUUCCUAAGUUUACUUUCAAUGGCCUAUUUACAAUGAUUGCGUAACAUGCUCAUAGAUCUUGAAGUUCUUAUCUGAGCCAUGAAGUAGGAUUGUUGGGUUGCCCAGCUGAAAUUUAGGUAGUUUUUUUAACUACUGCGUUAGAAUCCAACUUUUACCAAAAGCCAGGAUACAAUAUAGCACUUACAAUUUCAGCUUGUGAACUAAUCCAGUUUAAUGUUUUUAAAUGGUGUUUUAUUUAUAUUUCUAUUGAUCCAGAAUGGUCUGAAAUACGUGUAAUACCUGAGCCAAAAGUACUAAAGUGGCUGGAAAUUAUGAGUUCAUUUCUGUUGCAGUUCGUUUUGCUGUUCAGGAAUAAGAAGGAUUUUAAUAAAAGAUAAUCAGUGAAGUAUAUCUGUAUAUUGGCAAUGGGGAGUUAAAUUUACAAUCACAAUUUUCAUAUGCAAAUUGGCAAUUUAUUGUUGAUUUUUUUGUGUGUACUGUAGUUGCCAUUCAUAUUGGUUGAUUUAAUGUACAUUUUUUCCACUAUGAAAGAGUGGAAAAUACACUAAUUGAUGCCAGUUUGAGGAUGAAACACUGAUUCAUGUAGAUGUCUGAACUGGUCGAUGUGAAAGAGGUUUAUGCUGGUUUAUUUUUGAAUUUCU